UUUAUUGCAGACUUUUCAAAUUUUAUUUUUAUUUUGAAACAGAGUAGCGAUCGUCAUAAAAUAUUGCAUAACAUUUCCUAUUUAGAGAAUUGGUUGCAGUUCAUGCAGUGAAUGUCGCAAAAACGAAAGUAGAAAUAAAAUUUCUUGAAACAUGGGGAAAUCAAAUCCACCUGUCAGAGGUCAGUGACAUCGACAUUCACUAAGUGCAGUUUUAAAAAGUUUUGAUAUAAAAGCAUGAUGUAAAAUCUUUUCGAUGAAGUGUAAAAAUACAGUUAAUGGGAAAAUUUGUGGUGAAGAAAUUCACCAAUCCUCAAAGUUAUGUCUGGCUUGUGGUGGUAAAGUAGCCACAGAAGAUGAUAUCACUACUAAAGCUUGUCCUCAAUGUUCAUCUUUGAUAAGAAAAAUACAGAAAUUCUGUAUGGGAUGUGGAUGGAAAAUAGAUCCUACCAUAUUUUUGGCACCUAAAAUUUUGUGCACUGGGAAGAAUGUGUAUGGUAAUACAUGUGGAGCAGAAUUGAUACCUGGAGUGAAAUUUUGUACAACAUGUGACACUGACCAGAGCAAGUUAACUGAACUUGGUGCCAGAAGCUCUAAAUCUGUCCCUGUAGAAAGACCAGCAGAAUACAUUUCGAAAAAUAAUGAGGGCAUGUACACAAGACGAUCAUCAACAAAGCAGAGUUCAGUAUCUCAGUCACCAAGUCUUUUAGACAGUCCAGAUCCAUGCAAAUUUUCUGCAUAUUUGAAAGAUGAUUUUCUCCCUUUACUGGAUAAUUCCAUAAUUAUCCUGAAAACUUUGGUUGACAAAUUAUUAAGUGGAAAAAUAAUGGUAAAAGACUUGCAAAUGAUAAUGGAUAAAAGAGAGAACUUUCAAAGGAUUGUACAGGCUCUGAAAGAUAUGAAAUACAAAGCUAUAAUGAUGACAUUAAACUUGAGGGAGAAGGAAUUGCAAGCUUACAUAGAAACUCUAAAAAUAGUAAAGGAAUUCCUGUCUUAUUGCAAUUACUGCAAAGCCUAUACAGGUGAAAUGAAAGAAAAAAUAAUAAGUUUGGAAAGCUUAGACACAUAUCCUCUUAAGGACCUUGUUAAAACUGAACAGUUUAAUGAAAUAACUGAUAUAGAGAAGCACAGGCCAUUUGUCAAAGUCUUUAAACUCAGUCAGGACCAGCUGGAUAUUCUACCAGAUAUCAUGGAAUGCAGCAGAAGUCUUCUUUUUACGAAACUAUGGGAAGAAAGAGGGAUUGAAUUAAAGAAGAAAAAAAUAAGAACACUAAUUAUUCAAGAAGUUUUCAGUGAGGUCUGGGAUCCUACUGCAAAACUGUGGAAAACUAUUUGCCAGAAAUUGAAAUCAGGAGAUCUGUUAUUUUCUGAAUUUGACAGGUUCUUCAGAAAAACUGAAAUUGCAACUUUGCAAAAUGAGCUUAUCUUACUGGAAAGGGAAGGAAAUACAAGUUGGGUAGAUGAAAGACUUUACCAAGUAGAAAAUUAUCGAAAUUUGAAAAGUUGUGAAUUUGGCGCUGAAGCAAUACUAGAAGUGGUAAAAGCAUUUGAUUUGAAGGGAGACUUUAAUCAAAUCAUCACAAUAUGCAAAUGUACCAAAGGAGCUGAUACCAAUAUGAAUAAACUUGACCAUUCAUUUUUGAGAACCUGUUCUGUUCUGAGGGAUUUUACAAAAGACAGAGUAGAAUGUUUGAAAACAUUUAUUAGAUGUAAACAGUUUGUUUAUUGGCUACGAGAAUCCAUGCCAUGUGGACUGAAAGAACUGAAGGUGUUUGUUAACUUGGCCAGUAUUUCUGCUGGAGAAGGAGACAUGGAGAUUGACAAGGUCAACUGUCUUUACUCCGCGACAAAUGGAUAUGCUCCACUGAUUUUCAAUCUUGAUAUUCACUGCAAUACAAAGAGUUUACUAGAUAAAUGUCAAGAAGUCUGGAGAGAAUUAUCAGAAAACCCAGAACUUCCAAGGAAAUUGAUUGAUACCUACAGACAGUUGGCAUGGUUACAGACUGUGAAGAGAUCUUAUGGUUCAGUAGAAGUUAGCUGCCUUCAACAGGCUGAAGCUAUAAACACCAAGGGAAUUUAUCAAGUAGGAAACCUCAAGAAAAUUGUAAAUCUUAGAAAAACAAACUUGACAGAUGUAUUAGAACUAAGGGUUGCAGAAGAUGAUCAGGAAGGUACAGUAACACAGAGAAAACUCUACAGAUAUGAUCAACUCCGUAACCUUCAGUCCAGACUGAUGUUAAUGGCCCACAAGGCAGAGAGUGGAUUCAAGAAUGAAGUGGAUAGAUUUUAUGUGAUUUUGGAUGGAGUAGUCAGACUUGGAAAUAUUUAUGCCAAAUUAGUAGAAGAAGGAUGUGUUCUGUUCUCUCAAUGGCAUUUUAAGUUUUUGUGUGACCGAGGAAGACUAGCAUGUGCAUUCAUAUACUUUGGAUAUGGAGAGGACAGGCAUACAUUAAAAGGAAGAGUUGAUGAGUCCAGUCAAGAUGUCAGCGCUAUUAUACUCAAAAUAGCGAAAUUUCUUGAGCAGUGUCAUGAAAACUGGCUGAGAUACAUAGAUGAGAAGAGAGAAAAAUAUUAUUGCUUGAAUUUCUUCACUAUAGAUCAAAUGGUGAUAUUGCAACAAGAACUUGUUAAAAUUGGCUCCAAUCAAGAGCCGUCUGCUCUCAUCUAUCCACUGUUGUCUGCUGUUAAGCAGGGAUGUACAAGAGAAGAUCUUGUCAAAGCUAUGUCUGCUGCCAAGGAUGAUGUGGAACAAAUGGAUAGACAAAGACGAGAAGAAAAAGAAACAAAAGAUAGUGAUGAGAUUAUUCAAGGACAAGAAGAAGAAGAAGAAACAAAAGAUAGUGACGAGGCAGUAAUAGAAAAUGUAGAGGAAUCAGAUGAAAUCAAAACCAGGAAAUUUAUACAGAAAAUUGUGACAGCUGGAUACAAUAUGGAGCUAGCAAAAGAAGGUCUGAAAAAUGUGGAACCAGAUGAUAUUAAUGGGGGUAUAGUUUGGUGCUUGGAUCACGAAGAGGAAUUCAUGGAGGAAGAGGAACCAGUCAUCAAGUUUCCUGGUAUACCUGAAGAACAGGUUUCCAGUCAAUUCACAGAAUGUACACAGUCAGUUCAGUCAUUGGCUUCAUUAACUGGAAGUUUAGUUGAUCAACUUGGAGUCGAAACUAAAGAAAAUAAUGUAGAAAUAUUAAUCAAAGCUCUGGAAAGUCUGUGGGACACAUUUCUUACCUCCAUAUCAUCUAGUGUAUCAGACUAUCUCAGUGUAGAACAUCUAGGGAUGAUUCUAAAUAGACUCAAAGAACAAGAAACAUUUGAAGUUGACAGGUCAUUUUUACCAUGUUUUAAAAUGGGAGAGCCAAACAUGAUUAUUUGUCAUCAGCGUGAGAUAUACAACACAGUAAUAUCAGUCUAUAGUUUUGAAGAUAGUCGACCAUUGCCACAGUCAGAUGAAGUGUUACUCUGUACACCACAAACAACACUGGAUAUGCUGGAAAUAUUCUGGAGAAGAGCCUUGUUUGCAGAUAACCGUAAAGUCUAUUGUUUAGUAAAUGCUGAUCUCCUGGAUUAUGAAGUCAGUGAGAAGGGAGAGAAAUCUUUGGAGAGACACAUGAAACAGGCUGAUAGUAAAGGAAGAAGAUAUAGACUGGUUGUGAUAUGUUGCAGUCAAAAUGAAGAUAGGUCGAGGAUAGUGACAGCCCUUGAUAAGUAUCGUAGACCACAACUUUUUACAGAUGGUGCUACUAUCAGGAAAUAUCUCUUUACAAAGCUGAAAGUUGAAUCAUCAUCUACUGGAAUAACCCCUGCGUCAGCUGCUGAUUUUGAAAGAUCCAGUGUAAGAGUUGUAAAAUCAUGGAGGGCAGGAGUUGGCAAGUCCUUGUACAAGAAAAGAAUGGUAACAGAUUUGUACAAACUUAUAACUAACAUUACCAGACGUAGAGCCAGUGAUAUUACCAUCCCUUUACAUGAGAAAACUAUCAAUGUUGAUGAUAUAAUGGACAUUUUGUUGGAGGAGACAUUAACUCCACAAUGUCAUGAACCUAGGAUAUUCCACAUAGAUAUUUCACAUGUUGUACAAGAAGGAGUCGAUGCCUUUCUGUUCCAGUUGUUAGUUCUUGGGUGUCUAGGUCACAGUUCAGGAAAUGUCUGGAGAAGAUCUGAACUUGAUUAUUAUAUCAUUGAAUCAAUGCCAUUACUAGCUAGAGAUGAGGAGGGAGGAAAACUGAGAUGUUUACAUCAUUGUUUAGAUAUUUUACCGCAUGUGACCUGCAGAUCACCACAUGAAAGUUUUGAGAUUUUAAGUAACAUCAGACGUCCAACACACUACACAGAUCUAGACCAUGAUAGACUGUUUGAUGGUAUAGAAUUGAAGAGUCCUACAUUCCAGAGACCAUAUCAGUAUCUUAAAAGGCUUGAUACAAAUUGUAGACUUCAUGAUGUAAAUGCUCAAAUACCAGAAGGGGAUAAGACACAGUGUCUGAAUACAUUACUUAAGCACUGUGGUAUCAGAGAUCCGUCAUGGUCAGAGUUGUAUCAUUUUGUCAGCUUUCUAAAUAAACAAUUACAAGAUUUUGAAGUGUCUGCUUUCUGUAGUUUAGCAGCAGCAGAGGACUUACCAGGUUUUUCCAAGUUUGUACUCCAUCUUCUGAUACAAAUGUCUAGGGAUUUUUCUACCCGGUCUUUGAUAAUGAGUGAGGAAUCCCCAUUACAACUGCUACAGAUAAGUGAAGAGGACCAAAAAAAGGAGGGAGAGGACGUUAUACAGAUGUACCAGAUGAGGAGAAAUUGGGAAACCAGUCAUUACCCUUACCUGUUUUUCAACCCAGACCAGCAUUGCAUGACUUUCUUUGGAUUUAACAUAGAUAGAAGAACAGGAAACCUGGUUGAUGUACAGAGGAAUACCAUUGUUGAACCAGAAAUUAUACACCAGUAUUUGUUUGAUGCUCUUGUCAAAAAUGGAGUCAAUCUUACUGAAAACUUUGAUGCUCUCCCAAGACUUGAAAAAAUCAAAAAAAUGUGUUAUGUAAUGGGAAUAGAAAAUAUACAUGAUCCUGAUGAAACCUACGAGUUGACCACAGAUAAUGUGAAAAAGAUACUAGCUAUUUAUAUGAGAUUCAGAUGUGAUAUACCAGUUAUUAUUAUGGGAGAGACUGGCUGUGGUAAAACUCGCCUGAUCACGUUCAUGUGCAAAUUACAGCAACCCCCAGGUGUUAAUGUGAAAAACAUGAUAUUGACGAAGGUUUAUGGAGGCACAAAAGCUUCAGAUAUUAUCAUGAAAGUAAGAAAGGCAGAAGAAAUGGCAAGAAAGAAUGCAGCAGAUUACCCAUUCAUGGACACUGUAUUAUUCUUUGAUGAAGCUAACACUACAGAAGCUAUUGGUGUGAUCAAAGAAAUAAUGUGUGAUAAAACCCUAGGAGGAAAACCAAUCAAACUGCAUGAAAAACUGAAAAUUGUGGCUGCAUGUAAUCCAUAUAGAAAACAUUCUGAUGAUAUGAUAAAGAAACAAAAGGAGGCAGGACUUGAUUAUCAUUUUAGUGACAGGGAGACGACAUUGUUUUCAGGCCAUGUUCCAAUGAGACACUUGGUUUACAGAGUCCAGUCCUUACCACAGAGUAUGUUGCCUUUAGUCUGGGACUUUGGACAGCUGAAUACCACUGUAGAAGAAAUGUACAUCAGACAAAUGGUCCUCAGAUAUAUAAAGAAUGGCCAAUUGCCAACAUUACAAGGAUUGGAUACAACUGUCAGUAAAAUACUGACUGUAUCACAGGACUUCAUGAGAGACCAAAAGGAUGAGUGUAGUUUUGUAAGUUUACGAGAUGUAGAGAGAGUUCUACAGGUGAUGAGUUGGUUCUACAGUCAGUCACAAGAUGAUGACGCUUUGUUCCAAAGGAUGAGAGACAAUUCAGAAGAUUCAGAAACUGAUUCUGAAAAAGAAAGCAUGGAAUUGGGACAUGUACAGCAUAUGGAUGAUGUCACAAGGUCAAUGGUACUUGCCCUUGGAGUUUGUUACCAUGCCUGUUUGAAGAACAGAGAGGAAUACAGGGAUACAGUGUCCAAGUAUUUUAUACAGCCUUUACAUUUAGUUGGUGGUGCUGAUGGCAUCCAAGAUGAAAUAUCCAGAUGCCAAUCAGUAUUUCUGGACAGUGUAGAAUUAGCUCCAAACAUAGCAAGUAACCAAGCCUUGAAAGAGAAUGUUUUCAUGAUGAUAGUUUGUAUAGAAUUAAGGAUUCCUAUGUUCCUGGUUGGUAAACCUGGUAGUUCUAAAUCACUGGCAAAGACAAUAGUAGCUGAUGCCAUGCGGGGAAAUGCUGCACAUAAUGAUCUUUUCAAGAGUUUUAAACAGAAUCAGAUGGUCUCCAUCCAGUGUAGUUCUCUAACAUCACCAGAAGGUAUUGUAGGGACAUUCAGACAGUGUGCAUACUAUCAGAAAGAUAAAAAUCUAGACAGAUUUGUGUCAGUUUUAGUACUGGAUAACAUUGAUCUAGCUGAAGAUUCUCCUAGGAUGCCUUUGACGACAUUACUUUCCUUGCUAGAAGAUGGUUGUCCUGACGAUGAAGAACCAAGAGAUUAUAAAAAGGUUGCUUUUAUUGGUAUAUCUAACUGGGCUUUAGAUCCUGCCAAGAUGAACAGAGGUAUUGUGGUUCAGAGAGAGGUUCCUGAUGUCAAAGAACUUACAGAGAGUGCAGAAGGAAUCUGUUCGGCAAAUAAGACGGUCUUAAGAUUAAUCAAACCCAUGAUACCACUAAUGGCUGAAUCUUACUUAGAUCUAUGCAAGGAAGCAUUAACAAAGUCGAGGGAAUUCUUUGGACUCGAAGAUUUUUAUUGUUUGCUGAAGAUGCUGUAUGCCUUUGUGUCAGCGUCAAGAAAGAAACCAACAUGGCAUCAACUUGAACAUUGUAUUCUGAGAAACUUUAGUGGACUAGAAAAUGUAAAACCUGUUGAAAUCUUCUAUAAUAGUCUGUCAAAUUUAGUGGACAAGAAUGAACAGAGUAAAGAUGACCCAGAUUGCACAUCACCAGGUUUGAUACAGGCAUGUCUAACUGGAGAAAAAUACUAUAGUGAGAGUAGAUACCUGUUACUUCUGACAGAGAAUUAUGGAGCACUGACUGUUUUACAACAGAAAAUCUUCACAAUGGACAAUACUGUUGUUAUCUUUGGAAGUAGUUUUCCCAGUGACCAGGAAUAUACCCAGGUGGUCAGAAACCUAAACAGAAUAAAAGUUUGUAUGGAAACUGGUUGCACUGUAAUUCUGUUGAAUCUGGAAAACCUUUAUGAAAGUCUUUAUAAUGCUCUGAAUCAGAAUUAUGUUUGGUUUGGCGGAGAAAGUUAUGUAGAUAUAGGAUUUGGUUCACACAUAGUUAAAUGCAGAGUUUGUAGAACAUUCAGAUUGAUAAUAAUUGCAGAGAAACAGAUUGUUUAUGAUAAAUUUCCUUUACCUUUAAUUAAUCGACUUGAAAAACAUUUCUUGUCACUGAAGAACAUGCUGACACCAGCACAGUUGGAGUUAGCAGACAAACUACAGGCAUGGGCACAACAUUUUUGUGAGGUUAAAGUUCCUAAAUACUUGAGAAAUUUGAGAGAUAAAAAGGACUUAAGAAAGAUAGGAGAUGCUUUUAUGGGAUACCAUGCUGACACUUGUGCUGCCAUUAUACUACUCGCGUACUUCUGUCAGGACAAAAGAUGUAGUGAUAAAGCUAUGUCACAAAUUGAGAAUGAGAUUCUUCGUGAUGCCCAAUCUAUACUUUUAUGGUGUGCCACUCCUGCAGCAGUUUGGCAACUUGAUGAUAAACCAGUGUUCAAUACAUAUUUCACAGAACAACAUCAUGACAGUCUAGCUAAUUAUCUCCAUUAUAAGAUGGUGACUGUCAACAAAGGCAGUAUAUAUGCACAGAUAACAACAAAUUCUAAACUUAUGUCAACAGCAGACCUAGAGAUCCUGUGCAGAUUUAUACCCAUACAGAAACAGAAUGUAACAUUAUUGACCCUACAGUCUUUUGACACAGAACAACAGUUCAACAGAAAAAUCAAAUAUUUUUUUGACCAAACCACAACAUCUGAUAGCUUAUUGAUAGUACAGUGUGAUUGUGUGGACCAGAAUGCUGACCUGAUUGCCCUAGCUAGGUACAUGGUUGAGGGAGAGCUACAACAAGAUAGAGAGGAACGGCAGUAUGCCAUCAAUGUGGUAUUCCUGAUUCAACUUCCAGGUAUAGCUGGAGGCUGUUUUACUGGAUUUCAGUGUGGAUUUUGGCAUUCUGUUCACAUAGAUGAUAUUCAUCCUGCUCAUGAGGAUAUACCCUCCGUAGCUAAUUCCAAUCAGAACUGCAACGCUGAAAGAAACAUUUAUUAUUUAAGAAAAGACUUAAAAAAUUGAUUUUAGCAUACCUUUCCUACAAGGCUGGCAUAUGCUUAAAAAGAUAUUAACAGACACCAGUAGUAAAGGCAACCAAGUCAGCUCGUACUUUUUAGACUGUGCAGUUUUCCAAAACCAGUACAUUUAAAAGUUUUGAGAGAGUGUUUUAGUUUAUAUUAUAUCACAAUGUAACAUGUA